GCAAUGUAGAGAGAACUAUAAUACUAAAAUAAUGUAACCUUUUUUUUCAAAAUCUCUAGUUAAACCAAAAAUCAAUCGCACAAGUCAUUUUGGAAGAGCUUGAAUACGAAUAAAUCUGAUAAGCAUAGGGAAACGGGUUUGAACCCGAUCCGACGUCAUGGGGUCCGACCUUUCAAAUCCUUCGAAUCGUGAUUGUACAUGACAUAACCUAACCUAAGCCUAACCUAAUUAUUUUAAAUUCUAAUUAAAUUUUCAAUAAGAAUAAAAAUUGUAUUAGAUAUAAAUCUCCAUGUAUCGUAAAGUAUGACUGUAAUCAAAAAUUUGUAAACUUCAUUUUACCAAGCCCUUCUAAUGGAUGUGUCAAUAGUGAGCUCGUUGACCAAUUAUUUUAACAUGUUAUUUGAUGAAACAGUUUGGUACUUAAAAGAAGUAGCGUGGCAGCUAGUUAUUGCCGGCGUUGCUUACUUUUGCGUUUGCAUAUUUUUGUAUACACUGUUAUUGAAUGUCAGUCAUAAGGCUUGGCAGUUGCCUGGACCACCUGCUAGAAUAUUGUUAGUUAUUGCUCAUCCGGACGACGAAGUCAUGUUCUUUGGUCCAAUGCUACAUUGUAUGAUAGAACAGAAAAAUUCCGAAGUUUAUCUCCUGUGUUUAACCAUAGGAGGUGCUAAAAGAAGAAAAGAGGAACUCUGGGCUAGUGCUAAGACCCUAGGAAUCCCAGAAGCUAAUGUUACCAUUUUGAUGUCUACACAGUUACCUGAUGAUCCAAAAGUUCAAUGGCCAGAGAAUGUAGUAGGGGAGACGAUUCUUCAACACGUUGAAAGUUACAGGAUAAAUGCGGUUAUUACGUUUGAUAAGCGAGGGGUCAGCGGGCAUAAAAAUCAUACUUCAAUUUUCUAUGGAGUUGCUUCUCUAUGCAUGGAGAAUAAAUUGCCAUCAUAUUGCAAGAUGUAUGUACUAGAAUCUGUAAAUAUACUACGAAAAUAUACUCUGAUGUUGGAUUUACCAAUCAGCCUGCUAUUUGCAUCUCAUUGGUAUCUACUCAGCUUUAAACAACGGAAAAUCAUACAUAUGGCCAUGAUGGCUCACAAAUCCCAAUACGUUUGGUUUAGAAAACUGUAUAUCAGAUUUUCUCGAUAUACACUGUUAAACACCCUUCAAGAAAUCAGCACACUGGAUUUGGAGCUGGAUGUUGAGUUUGAUGACGGAUAAAGUUACUUGAAGAGAAAAGAGUGGAAAGAUAAAUAACAUGUUGUACAUAGAUAAUAAAAUUUGUUUAAUGUUA